CAGAUUAGGGAGAGUGGAAGAAACCUGUUCAGUUCUGUUUCACUUUGCUUUCCUAUCUGAAGAGAAACCCCCAAAACCCUAGAAUUUCAGAGACAGAAAUUGAUAGAACAAGCAAUGGACUUCGACGAGUACGAUUACUUGGAGAAGACAGUGGAGGAGCAAGAGGAUAGAGACUCCAGCAAGGAGAAGAAGAACGAGAGCGGCGACAAGACCGAACGGAGCUACCGGAAGCGCGAGAUCGACGACGACGCCGCCGAUGACCGGAAGAGCAAGAGGUCCAGGGGAGACGACGAAAAUGGCUCCAGAAAGGAUAGGGAUCGUGAUGAACGUGACAAGGAGCGCCAUAGAAGUAGCAGAGAUAGGGAUAGGGAUAGGGAUGGCGAGAGGAGUAGCAGAGACAGAGAUGGUGUGAGGAGUAGCAGAGACAGAGACAGAGAUAGUGUGAGGAGUAGUAGAGACAGAGACGGUGGGAGGAGUAGCAGAGAUAGGGACAGAGAUGGUGAGAGGAGUAGCAGAGAUAGGGACAGAGAUAGAGACAGGGGCAGGGAGAAGGAGAAGGAGAGAGACAGGGAGAAAGAUAGGGAGCGGAGAGAAAGGGACAAAGAGAAGGAGAAGGAUAGGGAGAGGGAGAGAGACAGAGAGAAAAAGGAGAGGGAGAAGGAGAAAGAGAGGGAGAGAGAACGGGAGGAGAGAGAGAGGUCCAGGAGGAGCAGGAGUCAUUCUGUGCGAGAUAGAGAAAAAGAACGCGAUUUCGAAUCUAGAGAUGCCAGGAGAUUUAGGGAUAAAAAAGAUGCCGCGGAGCCUGAGGCAGAUCCAGAAAGGGAUCAGAGAACUGUUUUUGCCUACCAGAUGCCCUUAAAGGCAACCGAAAGGGAUGUUUAUGAAUUCUUCUCAAAAGCUGGCAAGGUGAGGGAUGUCCGUCUUAUCAUGGAUAGGAAUUCCAGACGGUCUAAAGGAGUUGGGUAUAUUGAAUUUUAUGAUGCAAUGUCCGUCCCAAUGGCAAUUGCUCUCUCUGGGCAACUUCUUCUUGGACAACCCGUAAUGGUCAAACCUUCUGAGGCUGAAAAGAACCUAGUUCAAUCUACUGCUACUAGUGGAGCUGCUGGUGUAGCAGGACCAUAUGGAGCUGUGGACCGAAAACUUUAUGUUGGAAACCUUCACUUCAAUAUGACAGAAAGUCAGUUGAGAGAGAUUUUUGAGCCAUUUGGUCCCGUGGAGGUUGUACAACUGCCUCUUGACCUGGAGACUGGACAUUGCAAGGGGUUUGGGUUUAUUCAAUUUGCCCAUCUUGAGCAUGCCAAGGCUGCUCAGAGUUUAAAUGGAAAAUUGGACAUUGCUGGAAGAACUAUUAAGGUUUCAUCUGUAACAGAUCAUGUUGGAAGCCAAGACACAACUGCAAAAUCUGCAGACUUUGAUGAUGAUGAAGGUGGAUUGGCUUUAAAUGCCCAAUCAAGAGCGUUGCUUAUGCAGAAGCUGGAUCGUUCAGGCAUUGCUGCAAGCAUUGGUAUGCCCACUGUAAAUGGAUCCGCUCCUGCUCAACAGGCAAGCUUGCCAAUUGGUAAUCCAGGAAUAAUACCAGUACCAACUCUCCCAACACAAAUUAUGCCUACCCAAGUGGCUGAACCUGUUGGUAACCCGAGCGAAUGCUUACUGUUGAAGAAUAUGUUUGAUCCAACCACAGAGACAGAACCAGAUUUUGAUCUAGACAUUAAAGAGGAUGUAGAAGAAGAGUGUUCUAAAUUUGGACGGGUUAAGCAUAUCUAUGUCGACAAAAGAAGUGCAGGUUUUGUGUAUUUGCAGUUUGAUACGGUGGAAGCAGCAAGUGCGGCUCAACGUGCUAUGCACACGAGAUGGUUUGCACGCAGAUUGAUUUCAGCUAUCUACAUGCAACCUCAGGUAUAUGAAGCCAAGUUUAAAGGGGAAGUUUGAAGAAGUGGUUACAGACCUUGUGGCUCUUAAAGCAACAAUCUGCAUAUUUUUCUCAGAUUAGUUUUUGGAAAUUGAGUUUUUAAUUUAUAAAAGUUUAAUUCAUCACUUGUAUUAUUAGAUGUAUGACUGCAGAAUUUUUACUCCAGGUGGUGAUUUUGGUGAUCAGUAUAUUACAAUCUCGCGUCUCAGUGUAUUUUAACUGUGGUACUGUGUCUAUAAUGUUUUAUAUUCUUGGUUA